UACCGUUGUUUCGCUGAGGAAAACUGAGUCAUGAAAUAAACUACUCUGUCUGCUAACUGGAUUAUACCUACUGGUGAUCGAAUAACAGCAGAAAUGACAGAAGAGUCUGCUGUUAAAGUUUGUGUUCGUGUCCGGCCGCUGAUCGAGCGAGAGGAAUCUGCUGCCACAGAGAAUGCCGAGCCUGUGCAGCUGUAUUGGAAAGCUGAAAAGAAAUCCAUUCAACAGAUUGAUGAUGGGAACCCAACAAAAACCUUUAGUUUUGACCGAGUGUUCAGUUCUGAGGAAACAACGCACCAGCUGUAUCAGGACAUUGCAAAGCCAUUGGUUGUCUCAACUGUGGAGGGAUACAAUGGUACCAUAUUUGCCUACGGGCAGACCUCCUCUGGAAAGACUUUCACCAUGAUGGGGAGUGACCUUGUUCCAGGAGUGAUACCUCUGGCCAUGGAAGAUGUUUUCCAGACAAUCAAAAAUUUUCCGAAGAAGGAGUUCUUGCUCAGGGUUUCUUACAUGGAAAUCUACAAUGAAACUGUAACCGAUCUACUUGUUGAUAGCUGGAAAAGAAAGCCUCUGGAAGUUCGGGAGACCAUCAAUAAAAAUGUGUAUGUGGCUGACCUGACUGAGGAACUGGUGACUUCUCCUGCGCAAGCCCUGGCAUGGAUUCGGAAAGGAGAAAAAAAUCGACAUUACGGAAAGACAAAAAUGAACCAGCGAAGCAGUCGCUCACACACAAUUUUCCGAAUGAUCUUGGAGAGCCGAGAAAGGAGUGACCCAGCAUCAGGCGAAAAUGCUGACGGGGCCAUUAUUGUGUCCCAUUUGAAUUUAGUUGAUCUGGCUGGAUCAGAGAGAGCAAGUCAAACAGGAGCAGAAGGCGCACGUUUCAAGGAAGGUUGCAAUAUCAAUCGUAGCCUGUUCACACUUGGCCAAGUGAUCAAGAAGCUGUCUGAUGAGAGCCAGAGGGGUUUCACAAACUAUAGAGACAGUAAGCUGACCCGCAUCCUGCAGAAUUCACUGGGUGGGAAUGCCAAAACAGUCAUCAUCUGCACAAUCACCCCCGCCGCGUUGGAUGAAACAGUCAGCACUCUUCAGUUUGCCAGCACUGCCAAGAACAUGAAGAACGACCCUCAUGUCACAGAGGUGUCAGAUGACGGAGCUCUCCUCAAAAGGUAUCGCAACGAAAUAGUGGACCUCAAACGGCGGCUUCAAGAGGUUUCCUCAAUCACACACACCACGGCGACCGAGAAGAAGGUUCUCUCUCAACUCCUGCAGGAGAAGGAUCAGCUCCAGAGAGAACAAGAGGAUAGGAUCAGGAACCUCACCAAACUUCUCGUCACCAGCUCAAACUUUGUUCCCGUCCCAAAGAUGCCAAAACGAAGGGUUACAUGGGGUGGAAAGCUGCUUCGGAUGGCCCAAGCAUCAGAAAGUGAUAUGGGUCUGUCAGAUCUCAGUUUUGCUGAAUCUGUCACCCGGAAGAGGAAAGCUGAACGGUCUUGCUUAACAGAGCUGGCUGAAGAUGACGAGGACUUUGAUUCUCGUUGGGAAAUUCCAGAAGAGCCUUCGUAUGAUGCAGAGAUGAAUCAGAGCUCUGUGACUGUUCAUAGCUUUGGAGACAGCCCCAAAGAUUUUAUAUCUCCAAACCGGAUACAUGAGCUUUCAGAUAAAGUGUCCAACCUAGAGGUGCAGCUGGAACUGGAGACUAAUCAGAAAGAUCAGGCUGUGAUGAAGGCACAAACAUUAGAUGCAAAAGUGGCCGAGUUGGAAGAACAGCUGAAGACGGAGGCCCAGCAGAAACAGGAGGCCCAGGAGAAAAUUGAGACGGUGGAACAGAGACUGGGGGAGCUGGACCUCAAGCUCCAAAGUGAAGCUCAGGAGAAGCAAGAUGCCACCGAGUGGGUGGAAAUGUUGGAGUUAAAAGUAGCAGAUCUGGAAAGACAGCUCGCCCAACAGAGCCAAGUGCCCAGUGAAACUGAACAGAUGAGAAAGGAAUUUGCUGAGACCAUCCAGUUGUGUGAGACCCUGGUUUCAGAGAAGGAAAUGGUGACUGCUGAGCGAGACUAUCUGAAGCAGGAGCUCGGCCUCUUCAUGGAGCAGACGGUAACCCUUGAAAAAGAGAACACUGCACUUUCAAAGGAACUGGAGGAAAAGAAAGAGAUGGACGAGUUCAGAUAUCUUGAAGAGACGUGCAGGAAUGAGCAUGAAAAUGAGUUAAAAAAUGAAAUUUCCUCCUUGAAGAAUGCUGUUGAAUCCUCUGAACUGAAAUGCCAGGAGCUUGAGGCUAAACUACAAGCCAUGUCUGAGGAGCUGAAGAAGAAGGCUGAGUGGGCAGCGGAGCUUCAGAGUAUGAAUGACAAGGACUUGGUGCAGCAGGUGACACAGCUGCGUCGCUCCCUGGAUGAUGCAGAGGGACUCAGCCGAGACACUAAAAAGGAAUGGGCUGUCCUGCGCAGCCAAAACAUUGCCCUCAAGGAGAGGGAUGAGGCCCUUACUGCAAGCUAUGAGAAAAUGGAGGCGGAGGUAACUGGCCUGCGCAGUGAACUUGAGGCAGAGAAAUCACGCUACAAAAAAAUGCAGAUGGACCUCCAGAAAGAGCUAAACGUUGCCUUUGAUGAGAACACCAAGCUCACUACUCUCCUGGAUGGCAAAGUCCCCAAAAACCUUAUUGACAGUGUGGAACUUGAAAGAACCGUGGCUAACCUCAAUAAGGAGCUGGCGGCAUCUCGUGACACAGAGGGAGCCCUCCAAGCCCAGCUGGAGGAGAUGGCUUCACUCCGGGACCUUCCAGAUAAAGUGAAGAACCUGAUGAAGCAAGUGUCUGAGCUCACAGAGGAGCUGUGCAGUGUUCAAACCCAGAGAGACAGUCUUCUCUCUGCCCAAGCUCAGAGCCAAGAAGAAGUUGAGCAGCUCAGGGACUCCCUGCAGACAUCCCAGGAUGAAAUUAUCAGAAUCCAGGGAGACCUGGGCACUGCAGAGCUGAGGGAACAGGACUUGAGCCAGAGGUUUGCCGCUGCCACCGAGCAGCUGGAGAGGUUUCGCUCAGAGCUGGAGCACUCUGAGGCUGAGAAGAGCCAGCUCCUGGCUACUGUGGAAGAGACUCACCUGAGGCUUGAUGAGGGUGACCAGCAACGAGCAUCACUUGAAGAAAAACUGAAUGAGGUGCAACAACUGAUGAAGGAUUUGGAGGAAAAGCUCGCUGACAGUGAACUUUCCAGAACCACAGAGGAAGAGAUUGGCAAAGAACUUCAAGAACAAUUAAACCAGGCGACUGAGGAGCUUCAGAGACUGCAAACUGAGAAAGAUGCUUUCCUGUCUGAGAAGACAUCCGCUGUUCAGAGUUCUGCAGAGGAGAUGGAAAAUCUGCUCUCUAAAGUGGCUUCCCUCACUGAGGAGAGGGACCAGCUCAAGAUGGACCUGCAGGAAAAUGUGAAAAUGCUGAACCAGGUGACUGAGGAGCUUCAGAGCGUUGGAGCUGAGAAGGACCAGCUUUUAUCUGAGAAGACAUCCGCUGUCCAGACUUCUGCAGAGGAGAUGGAAAAUCUGCUCUCUAAAGUGGCUUCCCUCACUGAGGAGAGAGACCAGCUCAAGAUGGACCUGCAGGCAAAUGUAGAGAGGUUAACUGAGCUGACUGAGGAGCUCCAGAGUGUGCGAGCCGAGAAAGACGCUCUCCUGUCUGAGAAGACAUCCGCUGUUCAGACUUCUCCAGAGGAGAUGGAAAAUCUGCUCUCUAAAGUGGCUUCCCUCACUGAGGAGAGGGACCAGCUCAAGAUGGACCUGCAGGAAAAUGUGGAGAUGAUGAUUGAGAAUCAGGAGGAGCUCAGGACAGCCCUGGAGAAGAAUCGAGAGCAGAAGGAGCGUCUCAAACAACUGGAGACUGCACAGAUGUCCACGCAGGACAGCCUUACCAAUGAGAAGCAUGCACUUCAGUUAGAGGAGCUGCAAAAUCAAAUAAAGGCCCUAACUGAGGAGCUUCAGAGUGUGCGAGCAGAAAGAGACAGUCUGCUGUCUGAGAGAGCGGCCAACCCGCAAACGUCUGGAGGAGAGACGGAGCAGCUGCUCUCUAAAGUGACGUCUCUCUCUGAGGAGCGAGACCAGCUCCAGGAGAUACUGGAGGGACUGAAAGAGGAGAAGAGGCAGCUGAAAGCAGACCUGGAGGAGAGGAUGGAAAUGAUGCAGAGUGACUUGCAGCAGCAGUUAGACUCUGGGCAGCAAAACCUGAAAGAAGAACAAGAUGCUCAAAAGCUUCUGCAGAUCCAGCAGCUUGAGGAGCAGCUUGAGAGAACCAAAGAGGAGAUGAGCCAGCUGAGGAUUGACCUUAAGGAGAAUGUGGAGAUGAUGAUUGAGAACCAAGAGGAACUCAGGGUGGCUCAAGAGAAGAUCAGAGUUCUUGAAGACGAAAUCAACCGCCUGCAAACUGAGAAGGCAGAGCUGGAGAGUAGACAAGGCAACGGGAGUGGCGCAGAAAUUCCCUUCCAACUAGAAGAGCUUCAAAACCAGUCCUCACAGAUUCAGCAGUUGACUGCGGAGAUUGAGAGUGUGCGAGCAGAGAGAGACACUCUGCUGUCUGAGAGAGCGGCCAACCUGCACACUUCUGGAGACGAGACGGAGCAGCUGCUCUCUAAAGUGACGUCUCUCUCUGAGGAGCGAGACCAGCUCCAGGAGAUACUGGAGGGACUGAGAGAGGAGAAGAGGCAGCUGAAAGCAGACCUGGAGGAGAGGAUGGAAACGCUGCAAGUUCAGUUGGAGCAGCUACAUGCCUCUCUGCAGACGGUCACAGAGCAGAAGAGCCAGCUGGAGAGUGAUCUGCAGCAGAACACGGAAAUGGCUGCAACAAGCCAAAUUCUUCUACACUCCAUUCAAGAGGAGCUCCGAGAACAGAAGCAAAAGAACUCUGACUUGGAGAAACUGGGUCAAGAGAAGGAAUGCUCUUUCGAUCAACAGUCCUUACAGAUUCAGCAGUUGACUGCGGAGAUUGAGAGUGUGCGAGCAGAGAGAGACACUCUGCUGUCUGAGAGAGCGGCCAACCUGCAGACUUCUGGAGACGAGACGGAGCAGCUGCUCUCUAAAGUGACGUCUCUCUCUGAGGAGCGAGACCAGCUCCAGGAGAUACUGGAGGGACUGAGAGAGGAGAAGAGGCAGCUGAAAGCAGACCUGGAGGAGAGGAUGGAAACACUGCAAGUUCAGUUGGAGCAGCUACAUACCUCUCUGCAGACGGUCACAGAGCAGAAGAGCCAGCUGGAGAGUGAUCUGCAGCAGAACACGGAAAUGGCUGCAACGAGUCAAAUUCUUCUACAGUCCGUUCAAGAGGAGCUCCAAGAACAGAAGCAAAAGAACUCUGACUUGGAGAAACUGGGUCAAGAGAAGGAAUGCUGUUUCGAUCAACAGAUGAGGACUUUAACAGAGAAACUGGAGAGCAUUCAGGCGGAGAGAGAUGGCCUCCUGUCUGAGAAGGCAGCCAGCCUCCACGACACAGAAGAGAUGAAGAGGCUGCUCCUGCAGAUGGAGGAGGAACUGAAACAGGAGAAGAUCCAGCGCAAAGCAGACAUGGAGGAAAAAAUGGAAAAGAUCUCUGUCAUCCAGGAGAAGCUGAAAGAGCAGGAGGAUUUGAGCAUGCAGGCUGAGGAAGUGGCCCAGCUGCAACAUGAAAUCCAGCAACUGAAAACUGAACAAACAAAUAUUACAGAGGAGAACAGUCAGCUCCAGAGAGAACUGCAGGACAAAACGGAGAUGAUUAAUCAGGCCCAAGUUUUAUUAAAACAGCAGCAACAUUUGAAUGCCCAUCUGCAAGAAGAGAAGGAGCAGCAAGAGGCCCAAUUAAGAAAACAGGUGCAGCAGCUACAGGAGGAGCUGCACAUACUCAAGGAAAGGCAAAGUCAUGCGAAAGCCGAGGCUGAGGCUUCACAUCAGUUGCUCAGUGAAGCAAACACAACCAUCUCAGUGCUCAAAGGGCAGAUCAGUAGCUUGGAUCAAAGCAGCAAUGGCACCAGCGAAGCAAAAGAGGGAGGAUUGUCUGCAAGGCUGCAGGAUUCUACUCUGCAGCUUCAGGAGAGGUUCAGUAGAUUCCAGCUCUUUAAGAACAGUUGUUCAGAGUUCAGAGUUGGCAUCGCACCUCUGGACCAUGCCUUAAGAGUUCAAGAUUCUCUGAUGCACCCCCACUUGACCACUCUACCAAACCCCACAAUUAAGACAUACAGCGCUGUCCGUAAACUGUGGAUGCAGACUAUUAGGACACUUGGGAAUAUUACGAAACUGCCUCUCAUGGCCUGUGACUAUAAGAGGUCAUUUCAGGAGUUGGUGAAGAAAGACCUGGCUGUGUUUGAGGAGAGGCGGCUGCAGGACGUUCUGCUGUGCAGGGUGCAGGCUCCCAGCUACUCUGUGAAGGAGGAGGACCUGCAGACCCUGUGGGAACACAGACUCUCUGAGCUGCUGGACAAGAGGGAAUUUUACCUGCAGAAAAUGGACAGCCUUCUGGAGAAACUUGAGGCCACCAUGACUACUUAUUCAGGCGACUUGUCAGAGGGGCUGAGAGAGAAGGAGAGGUUCAGCGAGCAGCUACAAGCGUUGCUCACCAUGCAGCCUCUCAAUCUGAGCACACUGGACAGCGUCCUGAGCUGCGAACUUAGCCACUGCUCUGCAGUAGCGCACAGCAAGAAGAUGAUUUUGCAGGGCAUGCUUGAUGAACACAUUGCCCAGUCCAAAGAGCUAGAACAGCUAGAAAUGCAGGCCGAUGUGCAGCUGAGAGAAGAGAGGAGCAAGACCUCGACUCUGCUGCAGAUGCUAGAGAGCGCUCCUUUGAAAACGGAGGCUGACCUUCUGAGUGACAAUCAGCAACUUGCCCUGCAACUUCAGCAAUCUGAGAAAGAAGUCAAAGCUAUGAAUGUAAAGAUUGUGCAGUUGGAGGAGGCCCAGGUCAAAGCCAAAGAUUUGGUCUCCAACCACAAACAGGCCACCCAACUCCUGCAGACAGAGCUGCAGGAUGCCCGAGCACAAGUCUCAGAGAAAGGAAACACUAUCCAGUCCCUCAAGAAAAAACUGCAGGAGGCGGAGGAUUAUGCAAAGAAAAACGCAUCGCCCAGUGCUAUUGAGCUGGAAAAACUGCGGGACCAAGUGGUCAAGAUGAAGGUGGAGCUGACCUCAGCAUCUUCUAAACACCAAGAAGAGAUCAAGAAGAUGAACACACUACUUAACAUAAAGGAAGAAUCACUGAGGAAGCUGAAGGAGACCUUGAGGAAAUCACAGCAGGAUGGGGAGGAGUCGAUCCUUCAGGGCAAGGAUCUGUACGAUCGACUAACCAACUCAAAGGGUCUGAUCGUCCAGAGCAGCAUUCUCUUGGAAAAGACCAAACUGGAGGAGGAAGUCAAACUGCUUCAGGUGAAAAUAGCAGAGCUGGAAAGCUUGGUGUCCAGUCAGCAAGCUGAGAUUGCCAAGUGGAAGAGCAGAGCCAUCAAGCUGAAGGAGAAGAGCAAGGUUGUGGUGGACAAGCCUUUGUCACCCUGCACUCCCACCAAGAGACGCCUGCCCAUGACCUCAGACUGCUCCAACUUUAUCACUUCACCCAAGAGGUUUCUGGGUACUCCAAAGAAGACACUGGACUCUCCGAAGAUGGUGGAUUCUCCCAAGAAGCUGCUGAGCUGUCCGGACUCCCCCAAAACCAGAUUCUUUGAUGGCACUGAGUCACUGACAAGAAACUGUCCCAAGCAGUUUUUUGAUAACUCCAACCUUGGCACUCUUCCUGAGAUUUCAUGUGCUCCCAGUGUGGCAGAUGAGGCCUCUCUAGGUGCAGAGGAGGAUGUGGCUACUGGUGCAGAGAAGAGGGAGGAAUGGUGGCCCCUGUCUCCGAAACAAGCGGAUCUUUGUAAAAACCAGUAACCUAGCUGUGCAAUGUUUUUACCUUUGUUUGUUUGUUUGUUUGUUUGUUUGCUCAUUUGUUCGUUUUUGUGUGUUUGCUUUUCUCUUAGAUAAAUAAAAAUUUCAUUGACA